AUGCCGACCCGUCCAGAUCUCAGCAACCGCAAGCGUAGUCGAUCGCCUUCGCCAGUCCAAUCUGCAUCGCACAAAAGACAUCAUGAACAACCGGAAGAGCCUCAGGACGAUCUACUAUCUGAUCUAACAAACGUCCUUGCAGAGAUUAGAACAACUCCUUCGACAGGCGAGAUCUCGGCUGAACUUUUGGGAACUCUUAGAGGUGUCAUGCUACAGAUCGAACAUCUUUCGGCCGAUGAAACGAACACUAGAGCGCGGGAGAUGAAGGACGAGAGUGACCGGUGUCUCGAAACCUGGUUUGAUGAACUUCUCGCCCGUUGCGAAGCAGACGGAGAGCUAGAUCUAGCUUCCCUGGGAUAUGAAGAAAUGGGAGACAGUGAAGAUGAGGAAGAUUCGCUUGCCCUAGCACUAGCUCUUCAAGACGAAGAAGAUGUGUGCCAAGAGGAUGAAGAUGCAGUAUCGAUAACGAACAGCACAAGCAGCCAUUCAGAGGUGCAAGUCAGUGCUUAA